AGCGCCCGAAAUUUCUCGCCCGCCGGGGGGCGCCGGGCGGCCUCGCAUGGCGGCCCCGCCGAAGCGGCACUUCCGGCGACCCACGGCGCCGGUGGUGCAGGAUGAGUUCAGCCCAGAGGUGCCGCUGACCUGGAAGCGGCAGACGCGCAAGGCGCCGAAGCUGCCACAGCUCAACAAGAUGCGAAUCACCCUGGGCAACCAGCGCCUACUGGGAGGAACGGGCUGGACGCCCCGAGGUACUCUCCUGGCAAUUCCAGAGCUGGGCUCGGCCGAGGAGUCGGCCGCGGACUUGGCCCGGCGCCUGGUGGGGGAGAUCCUGCCGAAGCGGGAGGAGGCGGAGUCGCCCUGGACUGACCUGGACGCGGUGCGUACGCAUCAAAACAGCCCGGAGGACCAUCAUUCGGCCAUGGCGCAGGACCUCGCGUACCAGGUGCUGCAGCAGGUGGAGCGCAGCAGCACACCGGGCUCCGAGGUGUCGCUGGGCUCGCGGUCUGUCAGCUCCUCCCGCGCCCAGUCCUUGGCGUGGCGGAUUUGCCGGGAAGGAGCCCCCAGCUCUGCGGCCGAGCGGGUCUCCGUAUGCAGCGGAUCUGUGGCAGCGCGGCACAUCGCCCAAGGAGCCAUUGCUGCACAUUUGCAGACUCGCAGUGAGGCUGACAGCCACAUGGUGUCGGACCGCGGUUCCAUGGCUGCACAAUCCCUGGCUGCGAAGGCGAUCAGGGCCACACAAUUCACGUCCGGUGCUUCGAAUGCUUCUGAUGAGGAUGUUGAGCAAGCACUCUCAGAGGCUCACGGCGGGCAGAUUGCGGCACAAAGGGUUGCACGAGACGUGGUUAUGUCCGCAAGUUCUCAGAAGGCACCAUCGUCAGCAGAGCGCAUGAGUCCAGAUUCGGACCGACUGCAUUCUGAACACACUGGCUCCGUUGUGGCACAGUCGCUUACCCGGCAAGUAUUGGCAUCGAAAUUUGUUGGUUCCAGUUCAGCCUCAGAACCGCGGGAGAAUGAAGUGGAGCCAGCCACAUCGGAUGUGUACGGAGGCUUUGCAGCACAAAAGGUUGCACGAGAUGUGGUCAUGUCGGCGAGUGCUCAGAAGGCACCAUCGUCAGCAGAGCGCUUAAGUCCAGAUUCGGACCGACUGAAUUCCGAACACACUGGCUCUGUUGUGGCACAGUCGCUUACCCGGCAAGUAUUGGCAUCGAAAUUUGUUGGUUCCAGUUCCGCCUCAGAACCGCGGGAGAAUGAAGUGGAGCAAGCAACAUCGGAUGUGCACGGGCAGUUUGCGGCACAAAGGGUUGCACGAGAUGUGGUCAUGUCGGCAAGUGCUCAGGAGGCACCAUCGUCAGCAGAGCGCUUAAGUCCAGAUUCGGACCGACUGCAUUCUGAACACACUGGCUCCGUUGUGGCACAGUCGAUUACCCGGCAAGUAUUGCAAUCGAAAUUUGUUGGUUCCAGUUCCGCCUCAGAACCGCGGGAGAAUGAAGUGGAGCAAGCCACAUCGGAUGUGUACGGAGGCUUUGCAGCACAAAGGGUUGCACGAGAUGUGGUCAUGUCGGCAAGUGCUCAGGAGGCACCAUCGUCAGCAGAGCGCUUGAGUCCAGAUUCGGACCGACUGAAUUCAGAACACACUGGCUCUGUUGUGGCACAGUCGCUUACCCGGCAAGUAUUGGCAUCGAAAUUUGUUGGUUCCAGUUCCGCCUCAGAACCGCGGGAGAAUGAAGUGGAGCAAGCCACAUCGGAUGUGUACGGAGGCUUUGCAGCACAAAGGGUUGCACGAGAUGUGGUCAUGUCGGCAAGUGCUCAGGAGGCACCAUCGUCAGCAGAGCGCUUGAGUCCAGAUUCGGACCGACUGAAUUCCGAAGACACUGGCUCUGUUGUGGCACAGUCGCUUACCCGGCAAGUAUUGGCAUCGAAAUUUGUUGGUUCCAGUUCCGCCUCAGAACCGCGGGAUACCGACGUGGAGCAAGCAACAUCGGAUGUGCACGGGCAGUUUGCGGCACAAAGGGUUGCACGAGAUGUGGUCAUGGCUGCAAGUGCUCAGCAGGCACCAUCGUCAGCAGAGCGCUUAAGUCCAGACUCGGACCGACUGCAUUCCGAGAAUUCGGAGUCAGCAGCGGCGCAGUCAAUUGCCAGAAAAGCAAUUGCCCCACAUUUGGUCGACUCUGGUUCUGCCUCGGAACCCAGAAGCACAGUCGAGCAAGUGCCAUCGGAGGAGGGAUAUGGCACAGCCCAUGUUGCAAGGGAUGUGGUACUGUCUGCCAGUUCUCAGCAGAAGCCCGCAGCUGUGUCUGGCCAUGAGUGGCAUCAGGAGUUGAGUGAUAACGCGGAGUCAGUAGUGGCGCAGUCGAUUGUUUUACAAGCGACUGAGCCACAUGCAGUCGACUCUGGGUCUGCCUCACAACCCAGAAGUACCGUUGAGCAAGUCCCUUCGGAGGAGGGAUAUGGCACAGCGCAUGUUGCAAGGGAUGUGGUCAUGUCUGCCAGUUCUCAGCAAGUGCCUCAAUUGCCCGCAGCUGCGUCUGGCCAUGAGUGGCAUCAGGAGCUGAGUGACAACGAGGAGUCAGUAGUGGCACAGUCGACUGCCAGAAAAGCAAUUGCACCACACCUGGCUGACUCUGGGUCUGCCUCACAACCCAAAAGCACAGUUGAGCAAGGUCCAUCGGAGGAGGGAUAUGUCACAGCGCAGGUUGCAAGGGAUGUGGUCAUGUCUGCCAGCUCCCAGCAAGCCGCAGCAGCUGUGUCUGGCGAUGAUAGGCCACUUUGA